UUAUGAUAUCAUAUCAAACCUUUUCUUUCUGUCUUUUUCUUCUUUUGCGUUUUUCACUUUAUCUCUUUGUUUGCUUAUUAUACUCAUGAAUCAUGAUUAUUCUGUACUACUUGUUUGUUGUUGCUAUAUGCUAUACUUUUACUUUUCUCAUUUCUAGAUUUUCAUUUCAUCUUGAAUUCCAUAAAGAUCUGUCUUUGUGUUCUUCAAAGUUUUACUGCACAGUUCCCGGAUUUGAUUUAACUUAUUUUUAUGUCAAACUCUUCAUUUCGAUGAGGUCAAUGUGAAUUCUGGAGAAGGACAAAUAAUAAGACAAGUUUUUAGUAUAUUCUAUUUCAUGUUCACAUACCAUGUAUAUUAUAUACUAAAUUCAUGUGUUUUCUUCUGCUCAGCCGGUUUGCUUAUCCAUUCGUAUAGUUUCUGGCAAAUCGCGCAUUUGACCGAGUAAAAAAGGCGCUAGUUUCCAACAGAAACGAGUUGGGAGUUGAAGGAUCUUUGGAAUCAGGAUUGUUUACUCAAUUUGACUAAACUUUGAAUCUCGGGUUUCGAGUGAGAUCUAUAGGACAAAAGUUGGAAACAUACCAUGAUAUUCAUCUAACUUAGAAAAUGGGGUGUUGUGUGUCGACAAGCGAUAGAAGCAAUGAUGACGCGGGGUCUUCGUCUUGUUUAGAAUUGGGACUGUGUUGUCAGAAGAAAGAAAGGAAAGCAUUCUCUGAUCAUGUUGUUUCUCUGCAUAAGUUGUCGUCGUUACCGAAUAGGAUAUUCGCGAAUGGAAAGAGCCGGUCGUCUUGUAUAUUUACGCAGCAGGGGCGUAAGGGUGUUAAUCAGGAUGCCAUGAUUGUAUGGGAAGAUUUUGGGUCAGAAGAUGUGAUCUUUUGUGGUGUAUUUGACGGCCAUGGUCCGCACGGGCACCUUGUCGCGCGCAGAGUUAGGGAUUCCUUGCCGGUGAAACUGCUCUCAUUUUUGCAUUCUUCUGAAUUCGGUAAAGCUUGUAUCAAGAGGGAUAUAAAACCUGAAAGUGGAGAGGCUGAGAAUGAUUUAUCUGCUGAGAAUGAGGUGAAUUCUAUGUGGAGAGAAGCUUUCUUGAAGGCAUACAAAGCUAUGGACAAAGAGUUGAAGUCUCAUGCAAAUUUGGACUGUUUUUGUAGUGGAAGCACAGCUGUGAGUGUAGUGAAACAAGGGUCGAAUUUGUUCAUGGGAAAUAUUGGUGAUUCGAGAGCAAUCAUGGGAUCCAAAGAUAGCAACGACUUGAUGGUUGCGAUUCAGUUGACAGUUGAUUUAAAACCUGAUUUGCCAAGAGAAGAGGAAAGAAUAAAAAGUUGCAAGGGUAGGGUAUUUGCAUUGCAAGAUGAGCCAGAAGUUCCUAGGGUAUGGUUACCGUUUGAUAAUGCACCUGGAUUAGCAAUGGCUAGAGCAUUUGGAGAUUUUUGCUUGAAGGAGUAUGGUGUGAUUUCUGUACCGGAGUUUACACACCGGCUUCUCACCGAUAAAGACCAGUUCAUUGUUCUUGCCUCGGACGGGGUAUGGGAUGUUUUGAGCAAUGAAGAGGUGGUAGAUAUAGUAUCAUCAGCACCGAGUCGAACAUCUGCAGCGAGGGUUCUGGUGGAAUCCGCGGCACGAGAGUGGAAACUGAAAUACCCGACUUCGAAAAUGGAUGAUUGUGCGGUUGUGUGCCUAUUUUUGGAUGGAAAAAUGGACUUAGAAGAAUCCGACGGUGAAGAACAAUGCUAUUCUUCUGCAACAAUCCAAAGCAACAAUCAUUCAGGUAAUCCAGUUGAGUCAGACGAUGGUAAAAAAUCCGAGCCUUCUUUGCGAAGAAACUUCACUGUGAGAACCUUAGAAGAAAACGAGACAUUUGGAGCAGGAAAAGGAGAAUCUGUUGAUAUUGAAGAUGGAACAUCAUCAGCAGAAGAUCAAAACUGGUUAGGUCUAGAGGGUGUCACCCGAGUAAACUCACUCGUACAACUUCCUAGAUUUUCUGACGAAAAGCCUAACUCUUGAAAUAUGUUUAUUCAGUUAGAACUCUUUGUUGUAAUGCCUAUAGCAACACAAUGAAUUCAAGAAGGGUUGUUUUAUUUAUUUUGUUAA